CAUUGAAAGAAUUCAUUAUGAUGAAACAUUCUAGCAUCUUCAGUCCAACAUCUCAGCUGCGUAACAGCCAUUUCAUAGCACUGUCAGCCAUAACUCUCAGGUUAUACUAAGACAAUCACAAUAUCCCCUUUCUUCCACGCUCUCCUGCUCGGUUGAUUGAAUUAUUUUUUUUGUCGGUAUUCAGUGCACAGGAUCAUAUUCUGGUGUGUUAUCUCCUGCCCAAAAUCUCAGCUCCGUAACACUUGUUGUUUUACACUGUCAACCAUAACUUUCAGUCUGUAUCAAGUGAAUGAUGCUCUGUCCUCCAUGCUCCACUGCUCUUACUCACACUGCAUUCAUUGGUUUUGAUUUCUUGACAGCCAAUUCUACAGCAUCAGCCUCACCUGCACCCACUAACUCAUCCUCAUCUUCCAAUGGUACCACUGCUGAAGGCUCUACACACCAUCCCUGUGGAAACUUCUCACUUAGUAAGACCCAAUAUGGCAUCACAGUUACAGUAGACAAUGGUCUGUCAAGUACUGUAACAUUUGAAGAUGAGGAUCGUGAAAAGUACAGACUAAAAUUCCAAAACAUAGUGGAGAUUUCACUGAAACCCUGUACAACCUACAGUAACAUAAGCGUAACUCAAGGACCCUGCACCUUAAAAUCAAAUUCAUCAUUAUCCAUCAAAACCAAUGAUAUUGCUGCCGAUGACAUCAACUUAAGUUUGACAAAUGAUAAGUUAUGUUACUCAAUAAAAUGGAAUGUGAGUCCUGGUGCUGAACUAAGAAUUAAUGGAAUUCCUGGUGCUGAACACAAAACCCAAAAUAAUAGUUGUUUCAAAAUGGAGGAGAAAGAUUCUUGCCAAAAUCUUAGAGUCAAUGUCGCAACAAACCGGUGUAACGUCACCAAAGAACAUCAUUUAGGACCAGUUAUAGAAACCAACUCGCUAAAAUAUAAUAAUACCUGGCCACCAAAAGUAGAAUGGGCAAAUCGACCGAAGACAUGCAGCGACAUCAAGUUUCAUUACAGCUGCAAAAAUGAAAGCAAAGUAUUCGAAAAUGGAAAUAAUGUGGCCUUGGAGCAUCACAAUGUGACUUGGACCUGCUCCGUGGACGUUACUUACAGAAAUGACACCUUCAUUGUUAACGGUACAAUACUUAACAUAAACUGUGAUAUUAACAUACACCUGGAAAAUAAGAAAGGAGAUACUUCUAUUCAGCUCAUGUGGAGCAGUACAAGCGAAAAGUGCCCUGAACUCCAGAAAAAUCUUACUUUUGAAAGUUGCAUAGACAGACAAGGCCAGUGCCAGGAAAACCAACAUAAUUUCACAGGAUUAACUCCAUACACAUAUUAUACAUUCUUUGCAAAGGCCUUGUACAAUGGAACACCUGUAUCAACAAUAAAGGACAAAACUAUCCAGACCCUUCCUGGCAAACCAAAGGGGAAAGUGGAUAUUACCAUCAUAGAGACAAGUCACAAUUCCUAUAAUGUUUCUUGCACAUUUGAUGAAAAAGAUGUAUAUGGUCCUCAAANUCUGUCUUUUAUUUUUAUUACAGAUUACUCAGCUUAA